CUCGAAUGAUCCCCGCCAAGGGCAGCCUCGCUGCGCUGCGCGCUGCCACCGCUGCUCAUGAGGAGAGGCGGGCUGCCGACGCGCGAGCCAUCGAGGCUGCCGCGUUGGCGCGGGCAGAGGCUGAGCGGGCCGCUGCCUCGGAGCUCAACGCGGCUGCCCGAGCGCUGUCCGAUUUUGAGCAAGAGCUCACGCAAGCUCGACAGAACUUCACGUUGCGAGUAGCGGUGUGCGACACUCUUCAGCUGGACUUGUGCCGCGGGGUUCUCACACGCGUGCCUUGGCUUGCCGCUGUGAUGUCAGCCGAGCAGGUGUUGGCGGAUCCCGAGCGUGUGAGGGCGUGGCUUCUCUGGGCCGAGGGUACGGCGGCGGGUUCGACGCACCCGACACCGCCCACCCUGCCGACCACGCCAGUCGGGGCGGAGGGCGAUCUCGAGCUGGGCUCCGGCGCCUCCGUCUGGGAGCGAUGGCGGCGUGUCGUUGCGACCGAGGCAGCUGAGCAGGAGGGGUCGCGCUCUGCGGCGGCGGAGCCUGCCGCCCCACCCCGCAAGCGCACGCGCAGCGAGUCAGUCACCGAGCCGUUCGGUUCCGGCCCGGAGAGCGGCACGCCGGACGCUCCCAGCUCCUUCGCUCUUCCGCCGGUCGAAACAGUGACUGUUGACGGGAUCGUCUUCAGAAGCUUCCAGACAGAGGACGCGAUGCGGCGCCACCUCUCAGCUAGGGCUCCCCCAGUCGUUGCUGGGGGGCAUGAACCACUGGUGGGGAGGUGCUGGGGCGACGUCGUCUCGGGCGGCGCGCUGGGCUGCGAGGCGCUGCCUCCGCAGGCGUCGAGCUUUCGCGAGAGGUUCUGCGGGGGCUGCCGGCAGCGGGGCGUGUUUGUGCUCGCGUCGAGGGUGUGCGUGCCCAUCGGCGCGGGCUCCGACGAGAUCGCCAACCGCCACGGGCGCGGCUUCUGGAACGAGCCGUCCCGAGCCUCGAGCUUGCCUGCGCACCGCGUCGUGAACCAGACGUCCGACUGCCCGGGCCCGACGCUCGUGAUCCUCAAGGACGAGCUUCCGGGCCCGCUGCCCACCUAUGUCACAUCUACUCCUCGUGUCACCUAGUCAUGGUCCUCGCUUCCCUGCCCGGUCUCCGAGUCCUGCGCCUCGCCUGAGUCCUCGUCCAAGUUCGAGUAGUCCUCUCCUCGUCUUCGUCCUCGUCUUCGUCCUCUUCGUCGAUCUCGUCGAGCCGGGUGGCUCCUGGCCCGUCCCGGCCGUGACGCUGGGGCCGACUUGCUAAGCGGGCGGGGAGACGGACCGCCAGCUCUGCUGCUGCCUGUGCUGCCCGUAGUCCUCGCCUGCGAGCGAGUGCCCUUUGCGGGGCUGUCGCUCAGAGAGCGGGUGUCGCCACGGCCGUCUUCUUAUCUGGUUUGUGGUCUGCGCGCUGCGCUGCGCUGCGCGUCUCGAGGCGCGCCGC